CCCUGCACAUGGAUCCUAAUCCAAAGGCUGAGGAACUGUACUCUAGAUAGAUCAUGGCUCAGCAUUUCAGUGAGUGUGAGAAUUGUGCAUGCUUUAACAUAUGUUGGUUUGUGUGGGAACCUACAUUGCAAGGCAUGCACCCCUUUGUAGAUUAAACAGGGGAGGAGACUUGCCCUAUAUACUAUAUAUACCAGGAAGGCCCAAGGCAAGAGUGAGUGUUACUGUGUGACCUACCCAUUGACUGAAACGAUGAAGACCCUCCAGGCUCUGUUUCUCUUGGCUGCAGGCCUCUCUGUGGCCACCUCAAUGGACUACAAGGCCCUGAACCAGUUCAGGAGGAUGAUCCUGUGUGUGAUGCCAGAUAGCUCUCCGAUUUGGGACUACACUGACUACGGCUGCUACUGUGGAAAGGGAGGCUCCGGCACACCCGUGGAUGAUCUGGAUAGGUGCUGUGAAGUGCAUGACCGGUGUUACUCCGAUUCUAUGCAGCACUCUGAAUGCUGGCCCAUUUUUGACAAUCCCUAUACCGAAUUAUACAACUACAGCUGUGACGAAGCCAACAGGAAGGUCUCCUGCAGCAGUAAGAACAACGAAUGUGAGAUGUUCAUCUGUGAGUGCGACAGGAAGGCCGCCGAGUGUUUUGGCAGAACCCCCUGGAUCCCGGAGAACGAGCACCUGCCUAGCGACCGCUGUCAGUGAAAACAAAAAAACUGGAAAAACAGGAAUUCAUGCUUCGACAUGAAAUAUCCAAAGUCACUGAUCAAUUUGUAGAGGAGCCUUGGCUAAUCAGAAAUGAUAAGUACUACCCUUAUGCGUUCAGGAAUGCAUGUAUCAUGAUUUCUGUAUAGGUGUGUCUUUGGUUACUUAUAAACACCCAUCAUUAAGUCCAUGUUUGUUUCUCAGAUGUAAUGUUAUCCGGAUAAUAAAAACAGUUUGA